AUGAGUGUCCUCUCCUUUCUUCGCGAUGAGCGCGUGGUUUUUGCCAGCCUCGGUCUUGCGACCCUGAGCUUCAUUGGCACGAUGCGAAUGAUCCUGGAAUAUUACCGCGACGAAGCCGAGAUCAAGCCAGUUCAGCCCAAGACUCAGUACAUUACGCAAGACACAGAGGACGCCCUGGAAAUCUCGACUUUGCAGACUUUGCUGGGACACUAUAGCUUCUCCAUCCGGGACACUGCUCUGAAGAUUGCAGCUGGGCGUGCAGUGAACGACUCGUCCGUGAUUGAUUACCUUCUCUGGGGGAUCACCCGCGAAGACUACGAGGAGCGCAUGAAAUGUCUCAGAACUCUGGUCUUUGCUGUUGAAGAUAAAUCGGCUCAAGAUCCGCUUGUUGUCAUCAAUACCCCCAAAGGCUAUUCCGCACUGGUCAGGUCGUUAGAACUUAGCCUCGAUGAUUUUGAACACGAAAAGCUCGACGAUCCUCUGUACGACGAGUACUACCUGCGCGACAUCGGAGAACGACGCUGCAUCAUGUUGGUCUGCCAGCUCAUUUACAAGUACGGUCCAGAUAAACUUGUCCAGGCCAAAUUCGUUGCAAAAUGGCUCGCAAAGCAGAAGUGGGGCGAUACGGAUGAAGAGCGGCGCAAGAAUUUCACGCAUUACGUCGAGCGGAAGAAGAACAGGAUCAGCGACAUCUGCACCCGCUUGCAAGCCUCAAAGGCUGGCCGCAAGGCACUUAGACAAGCCAAGCUGUUGGGAAGGGGCAGUCAUCGCCCGCGUGAACGAUCUAGAAACCGCAUCAAAGUUAUCUUGGAAAUAAGUAUGGCCAACGAGGACGAAAAUGGUGAGAUCCAGCACGAAAGCUUCCAGACUGAGCUGGUGCCUAGAGUGGUCGAGCAAAGCGCAGAGGAACAACGACGGCGUCGGCGACACAGAGAGGCUAUUGUUCUGAACGAUGGUACACACUCCUUGGGAAGAGGCGAUAUUAUCGAACGGGAGCAUGACACAAAUAGCUGA